AUGCAAAAAAUCACCAGUUUGACUGAACAUCUGUACAACGCCAAUGGAAAUAUCACCAUUUUGACUAAAGAUUUGAACAACGCCAAUGGAAAUAUCACCAGUUUGACUAAAUAUUUGACCAACGCUAAUGGAAAUAUCACCAGUUUGACUGAACAUCUGGACAACGCCAAUGGAAAUAUCACCAGUUUAACUAAAGAUCUGAGCAACGCCAAUGGAAAUAUCACCAGUUUGACUAAAGAUUUGAACAACGCCAAUGGAAAUAUCACCAGUUUGACUAAAGAUUUGAACAACGCCAAUGGAAAUAUCACCAAUUUGACUGAAGAUUUGAACAACGCCAAUGGAAAUAUCACCAGUUUGACUGAAGAUUUGAACAACGCCAAUGGAAAUAUCACCAGUUUGACUGAAGAUUUGAACAACGCCAAUGGAAAUAUCACCAGUUUGACUGAAGAUUUGAACAACGCCAAUGGAAAUAUCACCAGUUUGACUGAAGAUUUGAACAACGCCAAUGGAAAUAUCACCAGUUUGACUGAAGAUCUGAACAACGCUAAUGGAAAUAUCACCAGUUUGACUGAAGAUCUGAACAACGCUAAUGGAAAUAUCACCAGUUUGACUGAAGAUUUGAACAACGCCAAUGGAAAUAUCACAAGUCUGACUAAAGAUUUGAACAACGCUUAUGGAAAUAUCACCAGUUUGACUAAAGAUUUGAACAACGCUUAUGGAAAUAUCACCAUUUUGACUGAACAUCUGGACAACGCCAAUGGAAAUAUCACCAGUUUGACUAAAGAUUUGAACAACGCCAAUGGAAAUAUCACCAGUUUGACUGUAGAUUUGAACAACGCCAAUGGAAAUAUCACCAGUUUGACUGAAGAUUUGAACAACGCCAAUGGAAAUAUCACCAGGGUGACUGAAGAUUUGAACAACGCCAAUGGAAAUAUCACCAGUUUGACUGAAGAUUUGAACAAAGCUAAUGGAAAUAUCACCAGUUUGACUGAAGAUUUGAACAAAGCUAAUGGAAAUAUCACCAGUUUGACUGAAGAUUUGAACAACGCUAAUGGAAAUAUCACCAGUUUGACUGAAGAUUUGAACAAAGCUAAUGGAAAUAUCACCAGUUUGACUGAAGAUUUGAACAACGCUAAUGGAAAUAUCACCAGUUUGACUGAAGAUCUGAACAACGCUAAUGGAAAUAUCACCAGUUUGACUGAAGAUCUGAACAACGCUAAUGGAAAUAUCACCAGUUUGACUGAAGAUUUGAACAACGCCAAUGGAAAUAUCACAAGUCUGACUAAAGAUUUGAACAACGCCAAUGGAAAUAUCACCAGUUUGACUAAAGAUUUGAACAACGCUAAUGGAAAUAUCACCAUUUUGACUGAACAUCUGGACAACGCCAAUGGAAAUAUCACCAUUUUGACUAAAGAUUUGAACAACGCCAAUGGAAAUAUCACCAGUUUGACUGAAGAUUUGAACAACGCCAAUGGAAAUAUCACCAGUUUGACUGAAGAUUUGAACAACGCCAAUGGAAAUAUCACCAGUUUGACUGAAGAUUUGAACAACGCCAAUGGAAAUAUCACCAGUUUGACUGAAGAUUUGAACAAAGCGAAUGGAAAUAUCACCAGUUUGACUGAAGAUUUGAACAAAGCUAAUGGAAAUAUCAUCAGUUUGACUGAAGAUUUGAACAACGCUAAUGGAAAUAUCACCAGUUUGACUGAAGAUCUGAACAACGCUAAUGGAAAUAUCACCAGUUUGACUGAAGAUUUGAACAACGCUAAUGGAAAUAUCACAAGUCUGACUAAAGAUUUGAACAACGCCAAUGGAAAUAUCACCAGUUUGACUAAAGAUUUGAACAACGCCAAUGGAAAUAUCACCAGUUUGACUAAAGAUUUGAACAACGCCAAUGGAAAUAUCACCAGUUUGACUAAAGAUUUGAACAACGCUAAUGGAAAUAUCACCAGUUUGACUGAACGCAUCACCAGUUUGUCAGAAAAUCUUAGAAACUCAAAUGGAAAUAUAAUCAAGCUGUCUGAAGAUUUGAACAACGCCAAUGGAACUAUUACAAAUCUGACUGAAUAUUUGAGAAACGCUCAAACAAAUAUCACAAGUUUGACUGUGGAUUUGGCCAACGCCAAUGGGACUAUCAACACAUUGACUGAAGAUCUACACAACGCCAAUGGAACUAUCAACAAUUUGACUGAAGAUCUGAACAACGCCAAUGGAAAUAUCACCAGUUUGACUGCAGAUCUGAACAAAGCCAAUGGAAAUAUCACCAGUUUGACUGAAGAUCUGAACAACGCCAAUGGAACUAUCACCAGUUUGACUGAAGAUCUGAACAACGCCAAUGGAACUAUCACCAGUUUGACUGAAGAUCUGAACAACGCCAAUGGAACUAUCACCAGUUUGACUGCAGAUCUGAACAAAGCCAAUGGAAAUAUCACCAGUUUGACUGAAGAUCUGAACAAAGCCAAUGGAACUAUCACCAGUUUGACUGAAGAUCUGAACAACGCCAAUGGAAAUAUCACCAGUUUGACUGAAGAUCUGAACAACGCCAAUGGAACUAUCACCAGUUUGACUGAAGAUCUGAACAACGCCAAUGGAAAUAUCACCAGUUUGACUGAAGAUCUGAUCAACGCCAAUGAAAAUAUCAACACUUUGACUGGAGGUCUGAACAACGCCAAUGGAAAUAUCACCAGUUUGACUGAAGAUCUUAAACAAACUAACGAAGCUCUCAAGAACAUCAGUAUGGUGUGCCAAACAGACUGGCCAGAUUAUGAAG